AUGAUAAACAAGCGGUGUGAAGUCCUCCUGGGUAGUGGAAACUACUUCCACUGGGAGUAUAACAUGCGCAUGACGUUGGCGCGCAAGGGGCUGCUGGUGCACGUUCUAGUCAUCAAGAAAGAAGAAGAGAUGACGGAUGCCUGGCUGUUCAACGACGCUAAGGCACUGGGUAUCAUCGCUCAAGGCAUAGAGCUACAGCACCAGACCAAGAUACGAUCGGCGACGACAGCUAUGCACGCGUUGGUCAUCUUGCGGGACUUCUACAACCGCACCACGCUCCACAAUCGUGUCGAGAUGACACGUCGUCUGCAUGAGUUCAAGAUGGAGAAUGGUUCGACCACGUCGAAGCACUUGGAUGCUUUUUACGAGCUUGUUGUCGGCCUCCAGACACUUGCAGAGACAGUCGAUGACUCUCGGCAACUAGUGGUGCUGCUUUGCAGUCAUCCGACGGAUCAAGUCGGACACUAUAAGCGGGACUGCCUGAAGCGUAGCAAUUCCGAGGAAGAAGGUGCUGUGUUUGCUGCUGGUGAAUUGCGAUGCGAAGAAUGGCUUAUCGACAGUGGGGCUACGUCGCACAUGACACCACAUCGGAGCGAACUCUUUGAGUACAAGGAGUUAAAUACUGGUCAACAAGUCUCUAUCGCUGAUGAAAAGAAGCUCCAGGGAGUUGGAGUGGAAACGGUCAAUCUGAAAGGUCUGGACGGUCGGCGGACCAUGAUGGUCGAGGUCAUGCACAUACCAGGACUUGACAAACGAUUGCUGUCCGUUGGCAAACUGGCAGGACGAGGCAUGAGGGUGGAGUUUCGAAGCUCGUCCUCCAUCAUUUAA